UCUUCUUCUCCUUUCAGCGUUCUGGCCCGGCAGGAUGGCUCCCGCAAAGAAGGGUGGCGAGAAGAAGAAGGGCCAUUCUGCCAUCAACGAGGUGGUUACCAGAGAAUACACAAUCAACAUUCACAAGCGCAUCCAUGGAAUUGGCUUUAAGAAGCGUGCCCCUAGAGCACUCAAAGAGAUCCGGAAAUUUGCAAUGAAGGAAAUGGGCACUCCAGAUGUGCGCAUCGACACCAGGCUCAACAAAGCUGUCUGGGCCAAGGGAAUAAGGAAUGUCCCCUAUCGUAUCCAUGUACGGUUGUCCAGGAAACAUAUUGAGGAUGAAGAUUCGCCAAACAAGCUGUAUACAUUGGUUACCUAUGUACCUGUCACAACUUUCAAAAAUCUACAGACAGUCAAUGUGGAUGAAAACUAAUCACUGAUUAGCAAAUAAAGUUA